AUGCAGAGUGACAAAUGGCAAGGCAAGCUCUGCCAAGUGCUCAGUAUUCCUGGUGGUGAAAUCUUCCGACGACCGCUAGACUUCAAAAGGGGAGGUGGGAAAAUCAUCAUCGUGGGAUACGGCAGGGAUUUUAGAAUAGCCUCGACCUCUCAGCGGCGGAGAGGCGGUAAUUAA